UUCACGGAAGAAAAGCUUGGUCAAGCAGAGAAGACUGAACUGGAUGCUCACCUGGAGAACCUUCUCAGCAAAGCAGAAUGCACUAAAUUAUGGACAGAAAAAAUAAUGAAACAAACAGAAGUAUUAUUGCAGCCAAAUCCAAAUGCCAGAAUAGAAGAAUUUGUCUAUGAGAAGCUGGAUCGCAAAGCACCAAGUCGCAUGAAUAAUCCAGAGUUACUAGGCCAGUAUAUGAUUGAUGCUGGAAAUGAAUUUGGCCCAGGAACAGCCUAUGGAAAUGCACUCAUUAAAUGUGGAGAAACACAAAAGCGAAUUGGGACAGCAGACAGAGAACUAAUUCAAACUUCUGCUAUAAACUUUCUCACUCCCCUAAGAAACUUUAUUGAAGGAGACUACAAAACUAUUACUAAAGAACGUAAACUAUUACAAAAUAAAAGACUAGAUUUGGAUGCAGCAAAAACCAGAUUGAAGAAGGCAAAAGUUGCAGAAGCUCGAGCUGCACAACUAAACACCUCUCAGCCUGAAGAGAAUAACAUUAUGGUAAAUGUCUCUUACGUGCUCAACUUGCUGCAUGUAAAAUGGCUAAAGAUAUGGGCUGAGGAAGUGACAAAAUCUGAACAGGAAGUACGAAUUACUCAGAGUGAAUUUGACCGUCAAGCGGAGAUUACCAGACUUCUGCUGGAAGGAAUCAGCAGCACACAUGCACAUCAUCUUCGCUGUCUGAAUGAUUUUGUUGAAGCUCAGAUGACCUAUUAUGCACAAUGUUACCAAUAUAUGUUGGAUCUCCAGAAACAACUUGGAAGGUAG